CAGCAGCAGACAGGCAGCGGGAGCAACAGUAGCAGCGGUCGUCGCACUGGAAACCUACACCACCAACAUGAAGUGCUUGAUCGUCCUGAGUGCUGUCGUGGCCGUGGCUCUGGCCAAGCCCGGCUUCCUGGGGGCGGGUGUCGCCGCCCCCGCCUACGGCGCAGGCCUCGCUGCCGCCGUCCAGCCCGCUCCCGUCUAUGUGGGCGGCAUCCACCCCGGCCUCGCCGCCUACGGCCCAGCCAACAUCGUAGUCGGGCCAGGUGGCUACAACCUGGACACCCCUGACGUGGCCGCUGCCAGGGGUGCCCACCUGGCCGCCGUCGCCCAGACGAGGGCCCGCGACGCCGCCAUCAACGGCGCCGCCCUCGCCGCCGCCUCCGCCGCCGCCUACGGAGCCUACGCCGCCCCCGCUUUGGUCGCCGCCCCCGCCGUCGCCGCCGUCGCUCCUGCGGCUGUCGCUGCUCCUGGCCUACUGGCUGCUCCCGGAUCUCUGGCUGCGCUCAAGGCUGCCUACCACGGCUAA